AUGGGAACCGAUGACCUGUACAGGAAUCUGGCUAAGGAUUUUGACACAGUCGCGGGGGAGUCAGGAACCGGGAAGGCUGGAAUCCCUUCGACCCAAGGGAUUAACUUGUCUGAGCUCACACCACCAGGUUUCACCACUUUCAACAACCAGGCCUCGGGGCCUACUGGGACUACUCCGGGAACAACACAGUCUCUGAUCGGAACUUCAGCACCAGGGGGUACGGUGCCUACUUCCACACAAGGGCUCCUCAAUGUCACGAUCACUGAGCAAAUGCUAGCAAUGCUCAACUAUGCUACAAUCCGGCAACUGGCAGGGAUGCAGCGCCCUCUCGUUACCCCAACAGCAUUGGAAGAAGUCGAGCCCAUAACACACAAGAAAACCACCACAGUACCAGCCCAGGACAGGGACCGCGAAUUACCUAACAUAUCACACCCGGUCACGCAAAAGGGAAUGGGGAAUACCGGGGAAGGACAAGGGAGGAACAAGAGGAAGUUUGUCACUAACAAUGUCCAAAUCGAGGAUGUAGGUGACUCUACAAGUGGCACUACUCCACAGCGCAGUCGGGGCACCCAAAGAGAGAAUACCAGACUCAAAGAGAGGGUAUCAUUCCUUAAAAGUCAGUUGAAGAGCCUAGAAACGGAACUGAGAGAGCAUCCCCAAGAGACCGUAAGGAAUGAAGUCUCCGACGAGGAAGCAUAUUCAUCGGAGGAACAGGAGGAAGAACCUCGAAGGGAAAUUCCACACAAGCGCAGGGCCAUGGGCACAUCUGUGAGAACAGGACACUUUAACUCAAAGGUCAUGGCUAUUACCAGCGCAGCCAGUGAACCCACCAUAUCCUUUGGCCCGGAGGAUGCCAGAUCGCUAAUGUACCCCCAUGAUGACGCCUUAGUCUUCUCAACAGACGUGGCUGGAUGCCUGGUCCACCGAGUUUUCAUGGACUCGGGCAGCGCGGUGAAUAUUGUGUACUGGAACUGCUGGAAGGCCCUUGGCUCGGAUGUCAAUGUUGAACCAACGAAUGCACCACUCUAUGGAUUCUCAGGAGAAUCAGUAGUACCAAUCGGAAUGGUAGAACUGCCAGUCACCUUGGGACGAUCGCAGGGUUAUAAAACCAGAACAAUCAGAUUCUUGAUCAUAGACGCUCCGAAACCCACGUACAACAUCAUCUUGGGGCGGCCCGCUCUAAACACCUUCAAGGCAGUAGUUUCCACAUUCUACCUCAAAAUGAAGUUUCCGAUAGACGGUGGAAGGAUUGGGGAAGUGUGGGGGGAUCAAGCUACAUCGAAGCAAUGUCAUGUACAAACUUUAACCCAGCAACAAAAGGAUAAUAUGGGAGACGACCCCAACACUCGAAAGCAGAAACAAAAGCAAACAAAAAUCCCGGGGGAACCCAAUGAUCAAGGAAAUGAGAAGGUGGGGAUAGUCACCGCGUCAAACCCUGAACGCAGAGAAAUCAUGGAACUUAGAGACGGAAUUGAUAAACAACCCCUUGUAUCCACGAGUGACGCGUGCCUGCUCAUCGAACUUUUUCCUGACAAGGAGGGAUACACCACCAAGAUUGGAGCAGGAAUGACACCCGUCCUCCAAAGAGAAGUCACCGCAUGCCUGCGCAGGAAUGCGGAUAUAUUUGCAUUCAAUACUUCCGACCUCAAAGGGAUAGACAGAGAGCUAGCUGAACAUCGUCUUAAUGUAGACCCGAUGGUCAAACCCGUCAAACAGAAAACAAGACACUUCGGCGCGGAGAAGGACGCCGCAAUUCAGGAACAGGUCCAGGCCCUCCUAGAAGCAGAACACAUUACAGAAAUCCAGUAUCCCGAGUGGAUAUCUAAUGCGGUCAUGGUAGAGAAGAAAGCCAAAGUGUGGAGAAUGUGUGUGGACUAUAGAGAUCUUAACGCAGCUUGUCCUAAGGAUUGUUACCCACUCCCUCGGAUAGAUCAGCUAGUGGACGCUACUUUGGGGUGUGAACUCCUGUCCAUGAUGGACGCCUACCAAGGAUACCAUCAAGUGAAGAUGCACCCGGGGGAUGUCGCCAAAACUGCCUUCGCAGUGUGCACAGGGGUCUUCAGAUGGGAAAGCAUGCCCUUCGGCCUCAAGAAUGCAGGGGCCACAUACCAGCGUAUGAUGGACAAAAUUUUCAGGACACAGCUAAGGAGAAAUAUAUCGGUAUAUGUUGACGAUAUGCUGGUGCGCAGCAUCAAAGCCAGCUCCCACGUGGCUGAUCUGGAGGAAACCUUCUCGGUAGUCCGCAAGAACAGACUAAUGCUCAACCCCGCCAAAUGCACCUUUGGAGUGCAAUCAGGAAAGUUCUUGGGUUACAGGGUAACACCAGAGGGAAUUGAAGUUAAUGUUGACAAAGUCAAAGCCAUCCUGAACAUGACACCACCCAGGAAUGUCAAAGAAAUUCAAACACUCAAUGGUCGGAUUACCGCACUAAGUCGAUUCAUCUCACGCUCAGCUGAGCGGAGUCUCCCGUUUUUCAAAGUCCUACGGAAAGGAAGUCGAUUUGAAUGGAGUAGCGAGUGCCAGAGAGCUUUUGAAGAUCUAAAGGCCUACCUAACCAAACUACCAGUACUAACAAAGCCUUCUUCAGGAGAACCAUUGUACCUAUAUAUCUCUGUGGGAAUUGAAUCUCUGAGCUCAGUGCUGGUCCGAGAGGAGAACCGGCAACAAAAACCGAUAUACUUUGUAAGCAAGGUCAUCCAGGGUGCAGAGCUACGCUAUACUGAGGUUGAAAAGACCGCGUACACAAUCAUGAUCACGGCCAGAAAGUUGAGGCCAUACUUCUUAUCACAUAAGGUCAUUGUGAGAACAAUAAUACCAUUCAGACAAAUCCUAGGGCGACCGGAUCUAGUGGGAAAGAUGGUGAAAUGGGCCAUAGAGCUCGGAGAGUACGAGGUCGAGUUUGAGCCGCGCACUACCAUUAGAGCGCAGGCACUGGCGGACUUUAUUCAAGAAGCAACAAGGUGGCCUAUGAGGGGACCGUGGGCAGCACAGGUUGAUGGGUCGGUCACUAAAGAAGGGUGUGGGGUGGGAAUCUACAUCACCUCGCCCGAAGGGGAAGUCUAUCAAUUCGCUAUCAAGUUUGAAGAUAAGCUAUCCAAUAAUGAAGCCGAAUAUGAAGCAGUGUUAAGGGCAGCCCACAUACUCAGAGAACUCAGAGCCGACAAUGCAGUGAUUAAGACUGACUCUCAAUUGGUGGCGCAACAGUUAACAGGAGGUUACGGGAUAAAGGAAGAGAGAAUGAAACACUACUUCGACAAAGUCUAG